AAAGCGAGUACAGCAUCAUGCUUCGAGGCCAUGUUGAUAGUGAAGAUGUCCCACCCUGGAAGCGGGGACGUGCUGCCCCCUAUCAGAUCACCGGUUACAUGUUCCGCCCCGCCUAUCAGCAUCUCCAGUGAGCGGAGAGGAGCUGGGAGUCUGGAGGAGCACGAGCAGGCAGCACAGACUUCAGCGGCUCGCACGUUCGCCCGACACUCACGAGCUGCUCCCCGGGCGGUGGAGGUGAUGAUGGCGGCGGCUGUAGAGAGAGGAGGCGUCCGGGCCGCUUUCCUGAACCCGAGCAUCGUCGGCGGCGGCGGACCCGCACCGACUACCCUCCCGGCCGGAGCGUUAGCCGGGGCUGCGGUCCUCGGCUCGGGCUCCAGCAGCAUGCCUGUGCCCAUGAACCUCUUCGCGACCUGGGAGAUAGACCGAUCGUCCCCGAGCUGCGUACCGAGGCUCUGCAGCCUCACGCUGAAAAAGCUGGUCGUCCUCAAAGAACUGGAUAAAGAGCUAAACUCCCUGUCCAUAGCUGUCAAAAUCCAGGGUUCGAAGCGUCUUCUGAGGUCAAAUGAGUACGUCCUCCCACCCAGUGGACUGAUGGAGACGGACUUGGAGCUCACAUUCUCACUACAGUACCCCCAUUUUCUGAAGAGGGAUGCCAACCGACUGCAGAUUAUGCUGCAGAGGAGGAAACGCUACAAAAAUCGAACUAUGCUGGGUUACAAAACUUUGGCCGUGGGAGUCAUCAAUAUGGCUGAGGUGAUGCAACACCCGACAGACGGAGGACAGAUUCUAGGUCUCCAUAGCAACGUGAAGGAGGCGCCAGUGCGUGUGGCGGAGAUCAGCGUGUACUCUCUAUCCAGCCAGCCCAUCGACCAUGAAGACGGUAGUGGUCCGGCUGGCCACAAGACCAAAACCUCAGACCGCUCCCCAGACAUGGAUAACUAUUCUGAGGAGGACGAUGACAGCUACUCGUCAGAGCAGGAAGCCAGUGAUGACGCAGUUCAUGGCCAGGUCAGUGAUGAAGACGACGAGGUGAGGAAGCCCAAGAAAGCCCGGAGGAAAAUGAUCCGAACGACCUCCAUGACCAGGCAACCUAACUUCAAGCAGAAGUUUGUGGCCUUGCUGAAGAGGUUCAAGGUAACAGAUGAGGUCCUGGACUCUGACCCAGUUGACCAGACCCAGGAAGUGGAGGAGGAUCUGGACCUACUCUACGACAGUCUGGAGGUGUACAACCAGAGUGACAGUGGGCCAGAGAUGGAGGACAACGAGAGCGUCCUGAGCACGCCCAAGCCCAAACUCAAGCCGUUUUUUGAAGGGAUGUCUCACUCCAGCUCUCAGACAGAAAUUGGGAGCGUGCACAGCCAAAAAAGCCAGCAGAGAGAGCUGUCGUGUCCUGCUGGAGACUUUCUGACCGUGGACAGAUGUAAAUUGCAAGGCGCCCGAUACCAAGACGACAGCGUCACAGAUACAAUCGUUGGGGAGCCCGAGACUGACGACAAGGGGCCAGGGCCAGGGCCAGGACCAGUGCUGGGGGAGACAAGCAGCUGGGAUGUCAACACUGAACGGGUGACCAACACUGUUGGCAAGCUCUGCAAGACGGAGUCCCAAAACCACAUGUCUCCCAGCAAAGUGGAGAACAGGCUACAGAGGCGCCCCCGCAGCACCUCCAUGAAGGACAGACAGAACUCCAAGGCCCAGAGCGACAGGACCAGCAGCAUGGAGAGCGAGUGCUCCCCGGACUCACGGCUCAUGGCACAGGUUCCCAGGAAGUCUGUGUAUGACCAGCUGAACCAGAUCCUCAUUUCGGAUGAACGCCUGCCAGAGAGCAUCAUCCUCAUCAACACUGUGGAGUGGCAGGGACAGUAUGUAUCCGAGUUGCUCCAUGAGCAGGGCCAGCCCAUUGUGUCCACCUGCUCUGCUGCCGAUGUUCAGGCUGCCUUCAACACCAUCGUCACUCGCAUCCAGAGAUUCUGUAACUGCAAUGCACAGACACCGCCGACGAUGAAGGUGGCGGUGGCAGGCGACCAGAGUUAUCUCAGCACCAUCCUGAGGUUCUUCGUGGAGCAGCUGGCCAACAAGACACCCGACUGGCUCAGUUACAUUCGCUUCCUGGUGAUCCCCAUCGGUUCUCAUCCCCUGGCAAAGUAUGUGGCCUCCUUUGACAGCCGGUUCAACAGCAUCUUUAUGGACACUGCAUGGAGGGAGCUGUUCUGCCGGACGGAACGGCCCGCCUCAGACAACAUAGAUGUAGCAGGACGAGUCGUUCAGUAUCUGGUCGGUGCCAACAUGUCCCACCAGUUCCCCAUCUCAGAAGCAAUGCUCACCUACAAACAGAAGAGCCCUGAUGAGGACUCCUGUCAGAAAUUUGUGCCAUUUAUUGGGGUUGUGAAAGUUGGGAUUGUGGAGCAAAGCCUCUCAACUUCAGUGGACUCGGAUGAUGCGAUGGGGGUUAACACAAGCAUCGUGUCCUCCCCAACACCCCCAUCGGCUGGUCCGUAUGGGAAGGAAAUAGGGGGCACCCCCCCGCAGUCACCGUCUGUGUCCACCGCCCUCUCUGGAACUGGCUCUCCGUGUUCAGGCAGUGAAGUUAUGGGGCUGCAGGUGGACUACUGGACGUGGCAGGGCCCCGAGAAGAAGAAAGAUGGAGAGAAGAGAGACGUGGGACUGAAGAACACCCUGAAGAGUAACUUCCGUUCACUGCAAGUCAGCCGCCUGCCUUGUGGAGGGGAACUCACCCCCCCACCCAGCAUGGCCAUGACCGUGGUCACCAAGGAGAAGAACAAGAAAGUGAUUUUUCUCAGCAAGAAGCCCAAGGAAAAGGAGCUGGACUCUAAGAGCCAAGUCAUUGAUGGCAUCAGCAGGUUGAUCUGCACAGCCAAGCACCAGCACACGAUGCUGAGAGUCACUAUCGAUGGAGUGGAGUGGAACGAUGUGAAGUUUUUCCAGCUCGCCGCCCAGUGGCCAACGCAUGUCAAGCACUUCCCGGUGGGGAUCUUUGGUUACACUAAGCCUGUGUGACCGUGGCCACCGUCCACCCACCCGACCUUCACCAGACUCUCGGCUGCACUCAUCUCACCGAGAGGCGACAGAGAAGUAGAAGAAAAGCCAACUGGCCCCCGGCAGUAAUAGUUUUCCUGUGGAAAUCUUGCUGACUCAACUGCGUGUUCAAUACACACAUUUCAUGUUGUCAAUUGGAUGUUUUUGAUGUCGACGUUGUUGGGUGUUGUUUUUUUACACACUACGAAAAGAACAAGUACUAUUUUGUAAGAUUUGUGCUACCGCCUCUUAGGUAUCCUGAGGUCUUUUGACAAUUUGCCACAUUUCGAUAACGGCAGCUGUGUUUGCACUUUGUUUUUGUUAACAUUUUAUUAUUUCUGUGAAAUCCUACAUUUAUUGUUACACUAUAGACAAUGGAGGAGUGUGAUGGUGACGUGCAGUGGCGUGUGUGAGAUUGUUUGAGACGAUGUUUGUGUUGUUGAAAGUUGGAAUAUUGCUGUGAAUCUAGAUGGAAUCCUUCUAUUCAAACUCAGUGCGCCGUUUUCUUACUCGUACCUUUACGUUCUCAAAAAGGUCAACUUAUAUAGAAUGUUCUGUUUGCCCCUAUUGAUUUUUAGGACACCGCGUACCUAAAGCAAACCCAAAAAACAAUAACUGAAGUAUAUUUGCAGGUAGCUUUAAUGAAUGUAGCUACAGAGCAUUUGUAACUAAUCGGUUCGUUAUUGUACGUGCUUAAAAUGUUGUAUCCGUGUACAUUCAGGCUGUACUACACCAUCUACUUAGAAGCAGAGUAACGUGACACCACAGAACAUAUUUACAUAUUUCAACUAGCAGCAGCUGAAUGCCAAAUUUAGUUGUGACUACUAACUGUCGUAUUGUUUCAACCCCCCCACCCCGAUGUACUGGCUUACCUGAGUGGACGUCUGCAGCGAGCAGUUACUGGAGUUCUCCAGAUGUGCCAAAGUCAAGUCUGUUUUACAGCGUAACCACCAGAGAGCUUGGCUUGGCCAAACUUUGUAUUAUGUUGAACAGAAAACUCAAAUCAUACAUGAAGUGCGUGUGGUCCCCGUGGAGAUCAGUAUUUAGAUUACUGAGAUAAUCAUCUCGACACAUUUACCAGUUAGUGCGCCACAUUUUUGGCCAAAUGUAAUCUCCGAUUAAGCAUUUACGAGACGCAUGCACAUCCUAGCCAAGCAAUUACCGGUGUGUCCUUCUGUGACACGACCACACCUGGCCUCAAACACACUGAUGGGUUGGUCAGUCAGUAUUGUGGAGGCUUGCUUUGGGAAAAUGAGUUGGACUUUGGCCAUCGUGUCGAACGCAAUGCAAGUAUUUGAAAAACUUGAUGAAAGGUGGAUGGAGUCUUGCCAGAUGUCCAAGUCACUGCCUGUGUGUGUGUGUGUGUGUGUGUGUAUAUAGGUGUGCUAUAUGUUCGAUGGUACUCCUUGAAUAGUAUUACGUGAAACUUUUGCAAUAAGAAACCUUUGGACAAAAGGCCUUCUGUAUGAGGUAGUUGUUGCUUUUUUUUUUUAUAAAAGUGAACACUUACAAGCUUUGAUUGGCUGGCUUUUUUAGUAAUGUAUAUAAAUGUAUACAUAUAAUUUUGGGAAUUGCUCCCUCCCCUCCCACUAAAUUGAAAGCACAAAUAGCUUACCUUUUAUUUCUUGAUAGAGAUAUAUAGAUAGAUCUAGAUAGAUAUCUAU